UUCCUCACUCUUUCUCCCUCCCUCCCUCCCUUCCUACCACCUUUCCUUCCUUCCUUCCAAGUUGGAAAUAUACGAGAGUUUUGUUUACGUAUAUUAUCGCAUCGGGACAACAAGUAUAAUAUUUAAACGAGUAUAAAAGUGUAAGGAUAAUAAAUAUUAUUACGAUUUCGAUGUACGAAGUCAAUCGUGAUCGAGUAUAUCGGAUCUAUGGUGGUAUCGGUAGUUCGUGGCCGAUAGGGAUGACGUCCCUGUGACAUGUUAGCCCGUGACCUUGAGUGGCGUGAUAGCAACAUCUUCCGUGGAGAAGUUCAGCUCCCGGUGCGCGGCUCGAGCGACGAUAACAACAGUCAAUUUUUUUCUUCGUACUCUUAUCACCAUCAUUACCAUUAUCAUCAUCAUCAUCAUCAUCAUCAUCAUCAUCAUUACCAUCAUCAUUAUCAUAACUACCACCACCACCACCAUCACCACCACCACCAAGAUCCCUAUUACCGUCAUCAACAACAACAACAACAACAACAUUCGUUCUCUCGUCAAAUUGAAUAUCGAGUGUUGCCUCUGCUGCAACUCAAACCAGACUUUGUUGUACCGUAUGUUCUUUGCUGGAGAUUACCUGUUCACGGGAUUCAUCAAAUCGAUCCUUUAUUUUAUCAACAACAACAACAACAACGACAGCGACAACAGCAGCAACAGAACCAACAACAACAACAGCAAUUAUUAUUAUUACGAGAAAGGGAAUUUCGUUACCUUCACAAUCGACAACGUUGUCGUUAUAUCGAAGGAACUAUCAGGACACAAAGGAGACGUACGAAUAAUUCGUCGUCGUCAUUUCUUCAAGGAUAUCGACUCUCUCUUCAUUACAACGCUUUUUCCGAACGUAUUGGAAUGGAAAAAAGACUGGACCGUUUCGUAGCGAGCAAAAAUGAAGACACGAGGUACAAAGCGAAUCGUUGCGUGAGCGGGGGCGGUAGCCGCGGAAACGGCGCGACUGGUGGUACCGGAGGCGGAGGAGGAGGCGGAGGAGGAGGUGGAGGAGGAGGCGGAGGAGGUGGGGGAGGCGGAGGAGGAGGAGCGGGAAUCGACGGUGGCACGGUGCCUACUGCACCACCGACCACCGGCCAUCACCACCACUACCAUCACCACCAUCACCAUCACCAUCAUCUCACCAGCACGACAACAACUACCACCACGACGACCACCACCACCACCACCGGCGGCACCAGGCACCACAGGCACAGGCUGCCGGCGGGCAAGCAGUGCACUGAGCACCGACACCACCCGCAUCAUCACCGGCAUCACCCACACCAUCGCUCCCAUCAUCGGGGCAUGAACAUGGGCCAAAAGAUUUCAGGCGGCGUGAAGAGCGUGACGCGCGAGAGCGGAGCUGGAGCGGGCGGCGGAGUUGGUGUCGGUGGUGGCGGCGCAGUGGCGUACAAACCUGUGGUACCAAGGGAAUUGGCGCAAGAUUUGUCGAGGCCAGCCCGUCUCGAUGUCCUCCUCGAUAUGCCGCCCGCAUCGCGGGAAACUCAAGUUCAUCACAGCUGGAACGCCGACGAUCGCAGUCUCAAUAUAUUUGUUAAGGACGAUGACAAGCUGACGUUUCACCGGCACCCCGUAGCACAGAGUACCGAUUGCAUACGAGGGAAGGUCGGUUAUACGAAGGGUAUGCACGUGUGGGAGCUUUAUUGGAGCACGAGGCAACGUGGUACACACGCUGUGGUCGGUGUUGCGACCGCAGACGCGCCCCUUCACAGCGUUGGCUAUCAGAGUCUCGUUGGUAACAACGACCUAAGCUGGGGAUGGGAUCUUGGUAGGAAUAAACUCUAUCAUGACUCGAAGAACAAUGUUGGUGUUACGUAUCCGGCAUUACUUAAACCGGACGAGACCUUUAUCGUGCCCGAUAAAUUUCUGGUUGUACUCGAUAUGGACGAGGGCACGUUAGCUUUCGUGGUGGACGGACAGUAUCUUGGGAUCGCGUUUAGAGGUCUCAAAGGGAGGAAGCUACAUCCCAUUGUGUCAGCUGUCUGGGGACACUGCGAGAUUACGAUGAAAUAUAUCGGUGGACUUGAUCCCGAGCCAUUACCUUUGAUGGAUCUUUGUCGAAGAGUGAUCAGACAACGGAUCGGGAAGCACAGACUCGAGGAAAAGAUCAACGAAUUAAAUCUGCCACAGGCGAUAAAGACUUAUCUCCUUUACCGUGACAGGAGGUAACCACCGUGUGGUGCAUCAAGAGAAGCGAUCAUCAGAAAGGUCGCGAAUGUCAGCAGUUUGCGACAUCGUUGCUACCACGACGCACAGAAAUGGGCUACUAUAGCCUCCUGCUACUCUCGCACACGUCAAGGAACGCACCACCAUCAACAGCAGCAACAGCAGUCUGUCCGCCAACAACAACAACAACAACAACAACAAGAACAACAACAGCAGCAGCAGCAACAGCAGCAACAACAACAACAACAACAACAACAACAUCGUAACUACUUGAACCAACAAAACCACCAACAAG